ACGACGACGACGACGUGUCAAAAAUUAAAGUCAUUCAGUCGCCGUUGUAAGCAAACAAAGCUUCCGUCGUCUGAAUAGACGGUAAAUAAUCGUCAUCAGUAUUGAUAAGUAUUGAAGCAGCAUGAACAGAUAUCGGGCCAUGACCUAUGUGCUCGUUGUGAGCAACAUUAUAAUGUUAGUGGCCAUGUUUAUUGCCGCUUUCUGGGGAUUUACUUAUCCUAAAAUUGUUGUCGAUGGCUAUGAAUCGGGCAAAUCAGCAUUUGUCGCCGCAUUCAUGUGCUGUUUGGCUGGUAUCUGUCUUUGUGGUCUCAAUUUUCAAAAUUACUACCUCCUGGUUACGUAUGCUAUAUUACAUUUGCUUAUAAUGCUCAAUCAAUUGUUCAGCUUGUUACCAUUUACUUGGACACGAAUUCCUAAUUAUCCGCUCACCGGUAAUGUUUCAACACAAGUUUAUGUUAUGUUGGUACCCAAAAUCUUUCUUGUUGCGUUUGCGUUUGCAUUAGCCUACAAAUUGCGACGAGAUGAAAAACGAUACGAACUAGCACGCACCGGUGGCCUACAUCAACGUUUACCAUGUCAUAUUGUACCCAGACCAGAGCCGGGUAGCUGUCAAUCAGCACCGCUCAAUACCGGUUCAAUGUAUCAUGUAGCCAACAAUGGACGUACAUCAGGUUAUGGAACAAAUGAACGUGGAGCUCCGCCAACAGUGAAUACGAGCAAUCAUUUAACAAUCAGUCAACAACCGCCUUCGUUACCGGCCCAUUUAAGUUCACAUCCUCUACGAAUGAUACCGGGGACCGGUGGUCCACCGCCAGGACCACUUGGCCAAGCAUCAGCCGUAUCGGCGCCAGCCAUACCCCCACAGCCACCUCUGUUGCCCAUAUCGACAUCAACGUCGACAAAUCAAAUUAUACAUACACCUCCAAUUUAUCCAUUACAUCGGCCAAGUGUCACCGAUGUAUCAUCAAUAAAUUCACCAAAUCGUCCGAACGUCAUGUCAGCAUCAUGUCAUCGACCAAUACCAGUGCCAGCAAACCAAUGUCCGUCCCGUAUCGGUAAUCACAGUACAAGCUGUGGUGGCCUAAAUGAUAUAUCCACAAUGAUACAUGAUGAACAACAACAACAAUCACAUCUUGAUCAAUUAAGCCGAACACCCGCAAGGUCGUCAGGAGUCCAUUGGCGACCAUCAUCAUCGGCAUAUCAUCAUCAAAGUGCUAUUACAGCACAACAACAACAACAACAACAGCAACAACAGCCACAACAAUCACAACAACAACAACCACCACAAUCAUCAAUGACGCCUACUAAACAAUGGUGGACAAACACUAGUGCCAAACAACAACAACAAUACAGUUCUUAUUAUCGUGACGUUUACAAUCCUAAUUUCUGACCAAAUAAACAUCCAUAUAUAAUUGGAGCUCUUGGAUUUUUUCUUUUUUUUCUUUUUUUAAAGACAAUCAAAUACCCAUAUUUCCACAUACAUACACAAACACACAUACCAAAAUUAUGGAUAUUAUUAAACAAUUUCAAUAGUGAUUACCAAACAAACAAACAAACAAACAGAAAAAUAGCGAACUUAUCA